AUGGAUCUUCACGCGCCGCAGUUGGUCGUUCACUCUUACGAGCCUCACGCUCCAUUGCUGGAGGUAGAGGGAUUAGAUCCUCACAGUCCACAGCAGAAGGUACUGAUUCAUGCACCAACCCUGCAGAGCCAGGAGUUGAUAAGUAACGACCAUCGGAAUGGAGAGUAUGACUUCGCAGAUGAGCAGUACCACGCGCACAGCAGCAACCAGUCCGGAGACGGUCACGGUGGAGUAAACCAAUUAGGAGGUGUGUUCGUCAAUGGCAGACCAUUGCCUGAUGUAGUGCGCCAACGGAUAGUAGAGCUGGCUCAUAGCGGAGUGAGGCCCUGUGACAUAAGUCGACAACUUCGUGUCUCACACGGCUGCGUCUCCAAGAUACUGUCAAGGUAUUACGAGACUGGUAGCUUCAAGGCUGGUGUUAUUGGUGGUUCUAAGCCCAAGGUUGCCACCCCGCCAGUGGUGGACGCGAUAGCAGCGUACAAGAGGGAGAACCCCACGAUGUUCGCGUGGGAGAUCAGAGACAGACUGCUCAGUGAGGGCAUCUGUAGCCAGGAUAAUGUGCCUUCAGUUUCAAGUAUAAAUAGGAUCGUCCGCAACAAAGCAGCGGAGAAGGCGAAACACGCGCACAAUCAACAACAACAACAACAACAGGAACAAGAAAUUAGUUCAGCUCAAGGCAGUGUUGUCUCUGUAAUAACCCAUGCAGGCAACGCUCCUGGCACGACGGCAGUUCUUUCGCCUACGACUGACCAACAUGUAACCAAUACUGGAAGCUACAGCAUCAACGGGAUCCUGGGUAUCGAACAAGUGGAAGGUCUGCACAACGGGAACGCGACAGGCCUGAAGAGGAAGAGACACGAAGACCAAGAUGAAAACCGGGACUUCAACAGCCAUUCGGAGGAUGAUGUCAAGAGACAAAGAAGUCACUACAAUGGCGACCAAAUAUACUCCAAUCUCUGGUCAUCAUCAAAAUGGAGUCUAAAGGACGAGUACAAGCUACUGUCAGAGCUUGGCGGAGCAGCGGGUGGAGCAACUGGAUACUACGGGGAGCUGUUCGAUGCACCUUAUGAGCAUGCAGCGCAUCCGCAUUAUACACCUCACUCUGCAACGAAUGACUCGACGGGCUCCAACGGUGGUGCUGGUGGUGAACCUCCGUCAGCAGCUGCGAGUCCUGAUGCGGCCGCGCUGGUCGUGCUUCAGCCUCCCGCACCUCCAUACCCGCCGUACGCGCAUUAUGAAGGUACCACAACACUAGCAAGUGAAUACGCGUACGCGGCUCCAUACUCGCAGUACUCGCCUUACGGGGGCCCUUACUCGCACUCUGCUGCCACAGGCUUGCUAUCCAAGUGGUGA